AUGGCCGAUCACUGGAGCGCCCAGCGCGGUGAGGCGUGCGUCGCCGCGGCGGUGGACGGCGCGACAGAAGGACUGGGCCCCUUUGGCGCCGCGGCGCGCCUCCUGCAGGGCGAGAGGCUUCAACUCCCAAAGAGCGGCAGCGCGGCAGGGGAUUUUGAGGCGGCGUGCCAAGCCCUGACCAUGUCUGUGCACCCGGCGGUGCUCUCUGCGCUGCAGGCGGCGGAAUCGGGCGUCGUCGACAUCCGCGGCGGCAAGAUCUGUGACGCUGGCGCGCUGUCUGCGCUGCUGGCAGCGCUGGCGAGCAACGCGUCACUGUUUGCGCUCCGUUUUUGGCAGUGCGCUCUUUCGUCGGACGGCAUCAAUCUGCUCUCCCAAGCCUUGCCGGAAUCGGUCACGUCGAUUUCCAUCGGUGCAGAGGACGAUGGCGUCGCCCUCUCGCCGCUCCUGAAGCUACCAAAGCUCACGACUGCGUCGCUAAGGUGCUGUGCCGUCGCAACGCAGGAGGCGCUUGCCAUUGAGGCGUCCCUCUCCACAAACCCUUGCCUCAUCAGCCUCUCGCUCUUCUCGUGCGGGCUCGGCGACGAGGGUGCGGUGCCCCUCCUGCGGAGCUUGCGCCACAAUUCGACCCUCACCUUCCUCGGCCUGGCAUCGAACCGCCUCUCGGAUGCCAGCGCGCGAGCCGUUUUGGAGGCACUGGCACCGGAGAGCACCACCAACGAGGCGGGGAAGAGUGGUGGCGAGGCAGGCGACAAGGAGGACAAUGGCGCGCCGAACCGAGCGCUCACUGCGCUCGACCUCAGCUUCAACCUGAUUGGAGGCCCGGGCAGGCGCACGUUGGAGGAGGCGACGGCGGCAAGCCCUGCGCUGGAGCGGCUCGAGCUGGCGGGGAACCCGUGCCUGAGGGCCGGCCCCACGGCAAGCCUGUCCAGCGCUGCGCGGAAGGCCAUCGCAGCGACUUGGGAGGCGCUCGGCGAGCAGCAGCGGGACGAGGAGACAGACGGAGUCGCCUCAGAUGGGCAGCUUGCUGUGGCGGCGAUGCUGUGCGAGAGGGUGUUGGCCGGCACGGAGGUGCGCGGCGUUGGCGGAGCUGUGUGCGCCGCUGGCUGA